GGCGCCCCUUAUCUCCUAUUGGCUGGGCGGUGCCAGGGAGACGACAGCGUUGUCCCGGGCGACAGGGGGGGGGGGGGCCCUGGCGCCGGCUGCUUUCCCGGGAACGCGGUGCGCACGCGCGGCGCGGCCGGGGCGGUGGCUCGCGGGCCAGACGGUGAAAAAGCAAUCUGGCUCCCGAGGUCCCCCCCUUACACCCCAGGGUCCAGAUGGCGGCCAAUGUGGGUGAUCAGCGCGGCACCGACUGGUCCUCCCAGUACAACAUGGUGGCCGGGGCGGGCAGGGAGAACGGCAUGGAGACGCCCAUGCACGAGAACCCGGAGUGGGAGAAGGCCCGCCAGGCCCUGGCCAGCAUCAGCAAGGCGGGCGCUGCCGGCAGCUCCAAGGCCAGCAGCAACGGGCCUGUGGCCAGCUCACAGUAUGUGUCUCAGGCGGACGCCUCGGCGCUGCAGCAGCAGCAGUACUACCAGUGGUACCAGCAGUACAGCUACGCCUACCCCUACAGCUACUACUACCCCGUGAGCAUGUACCAGGGCUACGGCUCCCCCUCCCAGUACGGGAUGGCCGGCUCCUACGGCUCAGCCACACCCCAGCAGCCAGCAGCCCCCCAGCACCAAGGCACUCUGAACCAGCCCCCCGUGCCCGGCAUGGACGACGGCCGGUCCUACCAGGCCCCUCCCCCGCAGCUGCCAGCAGCUCAGCCCCCUCAGCCCUCCAACCCCUCGCACGGGGCUCACGCUCUGAGCAGCGGCCCACAGCCUGGGACCACGCCGGCCACGCAGCACAGCCAGGCGGGGCCCACCCCGGGCCAGGCCUACGGGCAGCACAGCUACCCCGAGCCGGCCAAGCCCAAGAAGGGCCAGCAGCUGUGGAACCGCAUGAAGCCGGCCCCCGGCACUGGUGGUCUCAAGUUCAACAUUCAGAAGCGGCCCUUCGCUGUCACCAACCAGAACUUCAGCUCCGCCUCGGAGGGCCAGCACAGCGGCUUCGGCCCCCAGCCCAACCCCGAGAAGGCCCAGAACCACAGGGGGAACCUGUCCGGGAAGCCAGACGACUGGCCGCAGGACAUGAAGGAGUAUGUGGAGCGCUGCUUCACGGCCUGCGAGUCGGAAGAGGACAAGGACCGCACGGAGAAGCUGCUCAAGGAGGUGCUGCAGGCCCGGCUCCAGGAUGGCUCGGCCUAUACCAUCGACUGGAGCCGGGAGCCUCUGCCCGGGCUGACUCGGGACACUGUGGCAGAGAGCCCCAAGAAGAAGCGGUGGGAGGCCCCCAGCAGCCUUCACCCUCCCAGGGGGGCAGGCGGCACGACCAGGGGCGGGGGUGCCCAGUCACAGCGAGGGACGCCAGGGGCUGGGGGUGCUGGCCGAGCGCGGGGCAGCUUUGCCAAGUUCGGCAACCGCAAUGUCUUCAUGAAGGACCACAGCUCCUCUUCCAGCACAGAAUCCCGUUCCCGCUCCUCCUCCCGGUCCCCGACCCGCCACUUCCGCCGCAGUGACUCCCACUCGGACUCGGACAGUUCCUACUCAGGGAACGAGUGUCAGCCUGUGGGCCGCAGGAACCCGCCCCCCAAGGGCCGGGGCGGGCGGGGGGCCCACAUGGAUCGGGGCCGAGGCAGGGCGCAGCGAGGCAAGAGGCAUGAUCUAGCGCCCACCAAGCGCAACCGCAAGAGGAUGGCGGCGCUGGAGUGUGAGGACCCCGAGCGCGAGCUGAAGAAGCAGAAGCGGGCAGCCCGCUUCCAGCACGGACAUUCCCGCCGCCUGCGCCUCGAGCCCCUGGUGCUGCAGGUGGGCGGCCUGGAGAGCAGCGGGGGCGACCCCGACUGGCAGGAGCUGCAGAUCGUGGGCACCUGCCCCGACAUCACCAAGCACUACCUGCGUCUCACCUGUGCCCCCGACCCGUCCACGGUGCGCCCUGUGGCGGUCUUGAGGAAAUCGCUGUGCAUGGUCAAGUCCCAGUGGAAGGAGAAGCAGGACUAUGCCUUCGCCUGCGAGCAGAUGAAGUCCAUCCGGCAGGACCUGACGGUGCAAGGCGUGCGCACCGAGUUCACCGUGGAGGUGUACGAGACACACGCCCGCAUCGCCUUGGAGAAGGGUGACCACGAGGAGUUCAACCAGUGCCAGACGCAGCUCAAGUCGCUGUACGCGGAGAGCCUGCCCGGCAACGUGGGUGAGUUCACCGCCUACCGCAUCCUCUACUACAUCUUCACCAACAACUCGGGCGACAUCACCACCGAGCUGGCCUACCUGACGCGGGAGCUGAAGACGGACCCUUGUGUGGCCCACGCCUUGGCACUGAGGGCAGCCUGGGCUCUGGGCAACUACCACCGCUUCUUCCGGCUCUACAGCCACGCGCCCUGUAUGUCCGGCUACCUCAUAGACAAGUUUGUGGACCGGGAGCGCAGAGCCGCCCUCAAGGCCAUGAUCAAAACGUAUGUUCAGUUGAGCUCCCCCGCGUCCCCCCUUCUUCCCCCUCCAUUCCUGGCGAGCAGGCCUCUAGCUCAUGUCCCGGUCUGUCCUGGCCCCUUCGCCCUCUCGUCCUCUCUCCCUCUCGUCCUCUCUCCCUGUCUCAUCCUCCCCUGCUGUGCCUCCUGCUCCCCUUUGCUCGGCCCUCCCUCUGGCCCUCUUCCACCAUUCUUUCUUUCUUUCCAUUUUGGGGUCCCUCCACCCCCUCCUGGUGUUCUUCCCACUCACAUCACCUGGGACCCUGGCUGGUCAGCUCUGGGCUCCCUGCCUUCGAGGCCUCUGUCUGCCUUUCUCUCGUGGCUCUCCUGCCACACCUCUUGCUCUAGAGACAAACUAGAAAACACGGCCCUGAUCUUGGCAGCUUCUGGUCUGAUGGGACAGGGCCCCAUUCCCACUUGACUUGAGUCUUUUGCGGGUGCCAGAUGUUAGGGAAACGGGCGAGAUGCCGGGCAGGCUGGGCCUGUCCCCCCGACAUUGGUGUGCCCGCCACGUGCUCGAGAGCGAGGGGACUCUGUUCUUAGGGCCGCGAGUCUCCUGCGAGACGGGGACGUGUCAGGAGGUGCCUUUUGUUGUCACAGUUGUCACAGCCGGGGCUGCUGCUGGCCUGUGGUGGGUAGAGUCCAGGAUGCUGCUGACCAGCCCACAGUGCCUGGCACCCCACAGCACUAAUGGGGCCCGCUGUCAGCCUCUCUGAGGGUGAGGGCCCUGAACGCCAUGUCUGUUAGCUUUCGAUCCAUGUGGAUGGUUUGGAGCCAGGGACGGGACGUUCGAACUGAAGGUUAGGGACAUUCUAGGGCAGCGGUUCUCAACCUGUGGGUCGCGACCCCUUUGGGGGGGGGGGUCGAACGACCCUUUCACGGGGGUCGCCUAAAUACAUCCUGCAUAUCAGAUAUUUACAUUACGAUUCAUAACAGUGGCAACAUUACAGUUAUGAAGUUGCAAUGAAAAGUAAUUUUAUGGUUGGGCCACCACAUGAGGAACUGUACCAAAGGGCCGUGGCAUUAGGAAGGUUGCAAACCACUGCUCUAGGGCCACGGAAGUCGAGGGGGACAUGGGCAGAAACGGGGUGAGGAUGCACAGGAGCUGCCUCCUGGCAGUGCGUCCGCCCUCUGCAGCCCGACAGGCCCCGGCGGGGGAGCUCCUGAGCUGCCUCCAGCUUGGGUUGCGGGGCCGGGACUCUUCCUUGUUAGUGUGUGUGCUUGCCUAGGUGAGAGGGGCCUGGCCUGGCACUGCCUUUCCUUGGCAGACGGGUCCCUGCAGGCUGGCCAAAAGACCAGCUCGGGGGGGCAGCAGGCUCUCCUGGGCUCCAUGGACAGCAGGGCUGGGGCCACACAUGGGCUUGGGGCAAGGCCCAUUCCGAGUUCUCUGAGCCACUAGUAUCCUAGGCGACACGCAGUGGCUGUGCCCUGGCCCAGCAGUUCGGGGGGGGGGGGGGGUGGUUGUGAGGGAGAUGACUCAGCCUACAGGCGAGGGUUCGCUCAGGCAGCAAGCACUUAGACAGCUGCUUCCGGGCACAGGCCCCGUGCUCAACAAGUGGUAUCUCUUGUGACAACCAGACUUCCCAGUGUGGGAUGUGUAGGAAGUGCUGGCUGACACCUGUGCCCAGGGCAGCCCUGAGGCGCUCAGACCCAGGGUUGGGGUCCCGUGAGAGCCGGGUCCCCAGAGUAGCAGUCAACCCUCCCGUCCUGUGCCUGUCCCCAUGGGCCAUCUGCCUGGCCCCUGCCCUCGGCCACAGAGGCCCUCUUCUGAGGGACUGCUCAGGCCUGGGAGCAGUGGAAGAGCCGGUGAGGCCCUUCCCUCCCCCUCCUUCCUGGCCUCCCGCACAGGUAAGUGAGGGUAAAGGGCGCACACCUGGGGUUGGGGCUCUCAGCCCCCUGUCAGGGCCCCCCAAGCUCCAGAGGUAGGGAGGUGGGUGAGGGGUGGGUACCAGAGGUCAGCAGGUAAUGUGCUGAGGAAACCCUUUGGGUGUCGGAAGGGGGGCACCCACUCCCUGUUCGUGGGGCCCCUGCCCGCCGCCCGCCUCAUCACAUUCUCCUCUUGUUUCCAUAGCUUCCGCCCUGCGCUGCCAGUCUCCUACCUGCAGGCCGAGCUGGCCUUCGAGGGCGAGGCCGCCUGCCGGGCCUUCCUAGAGCCCCUAGGCCUGGCCUACACGGGCCCGGACAACACCAGCAUCGACUGCCGCCUCAGCCUGGC